CGUCUGCGUUACCUAUAUAAACACCUGCAGCGGGCAUAUCUCAGCCACAAGUCCCCUUGAACCGUUCGCGAAGGAUACUUCUUCCGGAGAAAAAAGAGGCUGCUAUUUUCCUCCUCUGCAAGAAUGGCGUUCAAGCGUCCCGCGUCAGUUUCUUUAUUGUUGAUUGUAUCGGCCUGUUGUCUAAUGGGUGUCAUAGCCGAAGAGGAACAGCCGAGCGCCAGCGUUGCAACAGGUGAUCGUGAAGGCAAACAAAUUUUCUUUGUGCCUCAACCGUACCCUGCAGAGUCUCCCCUGUACUACCAAGAUAGCUACGCCUAUAGAGCUAACCCGUUUGCAGUUUCAUCGCCGCAACUGCCUUUCUUCAACCGCAAUGAGGAAGCUGGAGUACCGGCUUGGCCUUGGACAUACCCGUCGCUGUCAUUAGGCCAUCCCAGCUAUGCUGCUUGGAGGGUUAACGACGGAAUCGAUGACAAAGAUAAACUCAAGUGGUGGAAAAAGCGAUUCAACAGGCAAGCCGUCAUCACCAUCCUUCCAGCACCGCAAGAAUGCCUCAUUGGGGAAGUUGAGGAUAACGGUCUUGGUCCUUGUAAACGAGCAACCGACGCCCACCAUGGAACUCUCGAAGUCAGAUUGCAAAGGGCAGACCAAACAGCCGCCAUUGCCAUCACGUCUAAAUCCCCGAUGAAUACCAGAAUCAGGUUGAUCUGUACUGAUUUAAAUGCCGUCGCCGUUUUUACCAACACUGGUAGAAUUACUGCUGUAUCGGAUACACCGAGAACCGAGAUUGGACAAAUGCAACUGAUUGUCACUAGCACGGCCGACAAUGGCUUGUUAAAAUGCAACUGGCGAUCGUACAGCUACUACACAGCUGCUUUUCCUUGAGCUUGAUUGACAUAUAGAACCCAGUCGAUUAUAAUAUUACAUCAGCUCAAGUCCGUGGUUAAAAAUCGUCAUUAAUGAAUCAGUGUAUAGACUGCAUUUUUCGUGUAUGAAGACGAUUUAUGGUAGUAUUUAUUUCAUACCCCAAAAAGGCAUGAUUUUUUUAGCUUGUUCUAAUAUAAAUAAUAAGCAUAGUUACCAACUUUUCUUAACAACCCCAUGUAUAAUUUAACGUUCAAUCCUUAGUUUCAUUCGAGUCUUGUUCUUACUUGCAUAUAAAGUGCCUGCGUCAGAAAAUACAAACAAUAAUGGACCUCGA